AAUAUAAGGGUGGCUUCGCUGGCUUGGAUUUUCAACUAUGCAUUUAAAGGACAAUGAAAUUUUGACUUGAUGAUUACCAAGUUAAGAUGGGUUCUUAAGCCUAGAAAAAUUAAAUUAAUACGGAAUUUGCGUUCAAUUGAUAUGUUGCUAUUCUCUCCCUUUUUUUUUUUUUUUUUUUUUUUUUUUAAUUUUUUUUUGUGCUAGAAGGUAUUGGUGUAAAUAUUGUAUCUCAGUACUAAUAAGUAUCAUGCUUGUGAAAUAUCUAGAUGCAUGUUCUGAAAUAAGGGUUUAGAUCACCUUUUGAUAUGAGUUCUUGAAUUGACUCUAUUAAUAUCUUAAUCAGUCUUAAUUCGCAAAUUUUGAAUACUAAGACCAAUUAGGGUUCUUAUCACUUAAUCUUGAAAUUUGGGGAUUUUAUUCCUGAAUUUCGCCUAUCUUUACAUUCUUGUCUUUAACCUUCGUAUUUUCGCUUUCACAUUAUAAUCUUGUUUUGUUCAAGUAACCCGAUUCUUAUUAAGUGGUAUCAAUUGUUAAAGAAUUUUAAAGUUAAAUUGUUUCUAAUUAUAGAAAUGUGACAUUCUUUUUGGAACUAACUAAAAAAGAAAUAAUGUCAUAUAAAUUGAACGGAGGGAGUAAUAAUUUUUUUAAUUAUGGGUACAUAACAGUAUAAACAAGCAUAAACUUUUAAUUGAGCUGAUUUGAAUUAAAAGUGAAGUAGAGAUCGCAAAUAUUAUCGGGGACAAUGCAGCAACAUAUGGUAAUGGCUGUCCGUUUCCUCCUCCAACCAUUAAUAUACUAAAAUCUCCACGGCCAUGCAUCCUUCUAAGGUUUCUGUAACUAAAGAAUGGAUUCUCUCCAACACCAUCUCCACCGUUUCAAAAAGCCUUCGUUGCUUUACGACCUUCAAUACGACCAUCAACAAAAGUCCUUUUGGAAGAUUCAUGAUCCUAAUGGCGAGUUCGUUACAAGAUGGAACCACAUUUUCUUGUUCACUUCCUUUGUCGGUCUCUUUGUCGAUCCUCUCUUUUUGUUGCUUCCCAUUAUUAAGGAAACCUGCAUGAGCACAGACAAAUUAUUGGGAUUCUUCAUUGUAGCCUUUCGCGUUAUGGUUGAUCUCUUCGCCAUCCUUCAGAUCAUAUUGAAGUUUCGUACAGCUUAUGUUUCCAAGAAAACACGGGUUUUUGGCAAGGGUGAGCUGGUGAUGGAUAACCGCUUGAUUGCUAUUCGUUAUUUAAAAAACGACUUUGUCAUUGAUCUUGCUGCUGCCCUCCCACUCCCACAAAUUGUUAUUUGGUUUAUUAUGCCAUUGAAUGGAUCAUCAGCCACUCAUGCUAAUCAUGCCAUCUCUUUGAUUAUUAUGCUUCAGUACGUGCCAAGAUUGUUAGUCAUUUUCCCCUUAAAUUCAAAGAUUAUUAGGAAUACAGGUGUUGUGGCAAAGACAGCUUGGUCCGGUGCCGCAUACAAUCUCCUCCUGUAUUUGCUAGCAAGUCAUGUUUUAGGAGCUAUAUGGUAUCUGAUGUCUAUUGAGAGGCACUUUUCAUGCUGGAAGGAUGAGUGCGAAAAGAAGCAGGAAGGUGCUCCAGAUUGUAAUAAAGACUACCUUGAUUGCUCAUCACUUGGAAAACCUGGGCGUCAGGAGUGGGCGGAAACCACUGGCGUGUUCGGUAAUUGCAGUGCUAAUAACAAGAUAAGCUUUGAGUUUGGAAUGUUUGGUGAUGCAAAUAAAGAAGAAGUUACAUCUGCUGCCUUCUUUGCUCGAUACUUUUACUGCUUAUGGUGGGGUUUAAAGAGCCUAAGUUCAUAUGCACAAAGUAUUGAAACAAGCACGAACAUUGUCGAGACACUCCUUUCCAGUCUUAUUUGUCUUCUGGGUUUGGUGUUCUUUGCACUGCUGAUAGGCAACAUGCAGAGCUAUCUACAAUCCAUGACAGCAAGACUUGAACAAUGGAGAAUUAAAAGAAGGGACACUGAGGAGUGGAUGAGGCACCGUCAGCUGCCUGAAGAUCUGCAGGAGCGUGUUCGUCGAUUUGUUCAGUAUAAAUGGUUAGCUACAAGAGGUGUAGAGGAAGAAGAAAUUUUGCGUUCCUUACCCUUGGAUCUAAGGCGCCAGAUUCAGAGGCACCUGUGCCUUGCACUUGUUCGUCGUGUACCUUUCUUCUCCCAAAUGGAUGAUCAGCUCUUAGAUGCAAUAUGCGAAUGCCUCGUUUCAUCAUUGAACACGAAAGACACAUAUAUUGUUCGGGAAGGAGAUCCAGUAAAUGAGAUGCUUUUCAUAAUUAGAGGUCAACUUGAGAGUUCAACAACUAAUGGAGGACGGUCUGGCUUCUUCAACUCAAUUACGCUAAAUGCUGGUGACUUUUGCGGUGAAGAAUUACUAACAUGGGCCUUAGUGCCUAAUCCAAAUCUUAAUCUUCCAACUUCAACUCGAACAGUGAAAUGCCUUACAGAAGUUGAAGCAUUUGCACUUAGAGCUGAAAAGCUCAAGUUUGUUGCAAACCAGUUCAGACGCCUCCAUAGUAAGAAACUACAACAUGCAUUCCGGUUCUACUCACAGCAAUGGAGGACAUGGGGAGCUUGCUACAUACAAGCUGCAUGGAGACGCCAUAAGAGGAAAAAACUAGCUGACGAAUUGUCAAGAGAAGAGAGCUUGUACUACAGGGGCGGGAUGGACCAAGAUGAUGAUUAUGGUCACGAAUAUCCAGAAGCCGGUGGUAAUGCUCCGGAUCAUACCACAGAAAGCAGUAUUCAACAUCUUGGAGCUACAAUAUUGGCAUCAAGAUUUGCAGCUAACACCAGAAGAGCCAAGGUGGCACGGGUAGACCCUGGUGAAUCCAGCUUACGUAUGCCUAAACUUUUUAAGCCUGACGAGCCUGAUUUUUCUGAUGAUCCUAGUCACUGAAGAGUCAGUUCUUGCUUACGGGUAGAAGUUAGAGUUAGUAGGUAGGUUGCUUAUUCACAUUUCACCUUUUGCUGUUUCUUGUUAUACAAGAGAAAACAUUUCUUCCAACCCAUGCGCUGCUACAUAGCAGUGACUAACUACUUAACAAAUGUAAAUUGGCUGCUAGCUUUAAUCCCCAGGGCACUUUUAGUGACACCCAGAUGGUUUCAGGUAAAUCCCUCUUAUCAGUGAACAACUACAGUCUGAAUAUUAUUUGAUGUUAAAUAACAUUGUUGAUUGGUGAAUGGGAUAUAUUUUGCAAAUUUUAAACAUGUUGCAUCAAUCAAUAAUUACUAUAAACAGAUGAAAACAUC